CCGCUCCCGCCCGACGCGCGCGGAGACCCCCGCACCCGGUGGCAGAGUUUAUUUUCUGUUCAAGAAAUCUCACUCCUGGACACGCUCCCUAGCAAAACGGAGCAGAAUCGCUGGCAUUUGGGCUUCAUCAGCAGUUUCUUGAUGUUUGGAAAGUUCUGAGGCCCACCCUGUUGGACUACUUGUAACCAGUGCCUAAGACUACAAAAACGUAUGUGUGGAAGAACCUUUUCUUGAAGGAAGUGUCCGACUCAAUAUUGUGGAAAUUCCGUGGAAGCCUUGCAAGGCAGGAGAGCAGUUUGUGCUUCCGUUGACGCUCGUGUGUAAUCUCUGCUUCUUAUGCACUCCAGCACCCCUAUCAGUUCUCUGUUCUCCUUCACCAGCCCUGCAGUGAAAAGGCUGCUGGGCUGGAAACAAGGAGAUGAAGAGGAAAAGUGGGCAGAAAAAGCUGUUGAUUCCUUGGUGAAGAAGUUAAAGAAGAAAAAAGGUGCCAUGGAAGAACUGGAAAGGGCUCUGAGCUGUCCGGGUCAGCCCAGUAAAUGUGUCACGAUCCCACGUUCCUUGGAUGGGAGGCUGCAGGUCUCUCACCGCAAGGGGCUUCCCCAUGUCAUAUACUGCAGAGUGUGGCGCUGGCCUGAUUUACAGUCUCACCAUGAGUUGAAACCACUGGAAUGCUGUGAGUUCCCGUUUGGCUCAAAACAGAAAGAAGUGUGCAUUAACCCCUACCAUUACCGGCGGGUGGAAACCCCAGUCCUACCUCCUGUACUUGUUCCAAGACACAGCGAGUUUAACCCUCACCUCAGCCUUCUCGCCAAGUUUCGAAACACUUCUCUGCACAGCGAGCCGCUGAUGCCGCACAAUGCCACCUAUCCUGAGUCUUUCCAGCAUCCUCCAUGCACCCCUUUUCCAUCAUCACCCAGCCACAUGUUCUCCCAGUCGCCUAACAGCAUCAGCUACCCCAACUCACCAGGAAGCUCUUCUGGACCUGGAAGUCCCUAUCAGCUCACAGUGGAAACUCCACCCCCGCCUUACCAUGCAAGAGAACCUCCAGGGACCCACAAUGGGCGGUCAAUGGAUGCCAUAGCUGAAAGUCAACUAGUGCUGUCUUUGCCCAAUGGAGGUAAAUCUGCCGAUGGAGAAGCUGAAAACUUUCGGCCUGUCUGCUAUGAGGAACCCCAACAUUGGUGCUCAGUUGCCUACUACGAACUCAACAACCGAGUAGGGGAGACUUUCCAGGCUUCCUCUCGAAGUAUCCUUAUAGAUGGAUUUACAGAUCCCUCAAAUAACAAAAACAGAUUCUGCCUGGGACUGCUCUCAAAUGUAAACCGCAACUCUACUAUAGAAAACACUAGGAGACACAUAGGAAAAGGUGUUCAUCUUUACUACGUCGGUGGGGAGGUUUAUGCCGAAUGUGUCAGUGACAGCAGUAUUUUUGUGCAAAGCCGCAACUGUAACUACCAGCAUGGUUUCCACCCAGCCACUGUCUGCAAGAUCCCCAGUGGCUGCAGCCUCAAGAUCUUCAACAACCAACUCUUCGCCCAGCUGCUUGCCCAGUCAGUCAAUCAUGGUUUUGAAGUGGUGUAUGAGCUGACCAAGAUGUGUACUAUUCGAAUGAGCUUUGUUAAAGGCUGGGGAGCAGAGUAUCAUCGCCAAGAUGUUACAAGCACACCCUGCUGGAUUGAGAUCCACCUGCAUGGACCAUUGCAAUGGCUGGAUAAGGUGCUGACACAGAUGGGUUCACCUCAUAACCCCAUCUCCUCAGUCUCUUAAGAAUCAUCUCUAGAAUUCCCUUAGGAUGGAUGCUAUUGCAGGCAGUGGCUUAUAGGAUUUCCAGUGAACAGAAGCUUCUAUAUGUAGAUGUAUGUAGAUGUAAAUAUAUCUAUACAUGGUCUACUCGCCUUUUUUUUUUUUUUUCAUGCUACGUUUUGUGGUUUCUAGUUACUCUGAUGCCAGUACAAUAAGUUUAGAAAUUCAGGUAUAGCGUAUCUGUUCUCUAGUACAAAAUAAGCCAAAUUCCUGCAAAAGUGUCAAACAUUUCCUGUGAGCAUCUUCAUUCCCCAGCCAAGCCAGUAAAUGGUGCGAAUUCUCAGCACUUUCAUGUGGAUUCAGAAACCUGGCUGUAGCUGUUCCUAGUAGGUGAAAUUCACCCCUCUGCAGGCAACCAAAGUCAGAUCUCUACACCAUUUAUAUCCAUUUCACAUCCUAAUUUCAGGUCUAAAAGAGGACCUUAGGUGGUGCACAGGACUUAUGCAUAGAGGUGACUUUUAUCCAGUGAACUGGAGGACUAAACUGCAAUUCCAGUCUGUCUCCUUACUGCAAAGCACGAUGGAAGAACAGAUCCUCUGAGGAGCUGAGGCACCCCUGUCUCCCCUAGGAUUUGGCAGGAAGAAAGAGCCCUCAGGACACGUUCAGCACUGGAGCCCUGUCAGAGCAUUUGGGACUGGGACACAUCCGAGUAGUCUGAUACUGUUAACACAGUAGUGUACGGUACUGCUGCACUGAAAUGCAACAAGCUCCUAAGACAAAAAAAAAAAAAAAAAAAAAAAAGAAAAUUUGAAAUAUAUGCCUAUAAGUUUAAAAACUAAUUAACUUCCAGUGCUUUUUUGCAAAGUACAUACAUACUUGCAUAUGUAUCCGGCAUGUAAACUGAAUCCUAUCCAUUAUACAGUAUUGAUGUAGUUUGUUUUAAAGUUAGGACUGUCUGUAGUUAGACUACUGUGCUGAUAUCGAGGGUACGUCUAAAAGGGACUUGAACUGUGAUUCAGAAAAGGGAAAUGAAGUGUGCAUUGAUGAACUGAAUAAUUCCUUUCUGCUUUAUCUUGGGCUAGUCUCUGUACUGGCAACAGGAAGCCCCACGCUCACAGGGUCCAGUGAGAGGGAGCGGGCAAUCAGCCGUGCCCAGCCCCUGUCCUCAGGACCUGUCUGAAACGCUCAGGUCUGACAGUGAGAGCUUCCCUGCCAGUCACUUCGUGCAUCCCUGGGGGUAGUUUCUCACCUUAGAUACAGGCUUCAUCAUUUGCAGCACGUUUGCCUUGCCGGCACUGUGGGAUGGUGAGGCAGAGUAACCCAUGAACAAGCAAAGAGUGAAUAUGUGCAGAACCUUUUUUAAAAGCUCCUUGUCCGCGGUCCUUCUGUAAGCAGGGAAACGUACUGCCCGUACUCUUAACCACAGACCCAGCCUCACAAAAUGCUGUUCGCUUGGUAGCUUUUUCUGAGCAGGCAGGUGAAACUCUUUCUGCAUUUUGAUUGUCCCCAUUACCUUGCUGAAAGGGUAGAGGAUUGUUUCUUUCCAGGCAUAACAGUCCUCUGAAAAUUGUUCUGCUUUAAGGGUCAGAAAGAGUGAUAAUUUCUCCAAUCUCAUUCCUCCUUAGAAAAAAACAGAAGUAUCCUGAGGGAGAAAAAAAAAAAAAGUUUCACAGAAAGUUUCUUUUUUCUUCUCACACAGUGUCUGGUGC